GGAACUUACAAGUUUGCGCAAUGAUGUUGAUGUGAUAAACACAUAAACAACAGCUGAAGGAAGAAAGAUGGUCGGUCAAAAACAGCUUUUGUAGUCCUAGCAAGCAGGUGACGCCAUACUGAGUGUUGACAGCAUCAUGAAGUACUCCAGUGACGUGUACUUUAUCUAUCAUCAGGAUGAUAAAGAAUUCAUGGAGGUUUUUGAGAAAUUACUGAAAUCUAACGGUCUGUCUGUAUGGGAUGGGGAGACAACACAUGGAAAGGGUUUGAUCGAUUCUAAGGUCGUGGUGAUUGUAAUGAGCACCAGCUCCACCCAGGACAGACGCUGCGAGGACGAGGUAUCGCUGGCCUAUAUAUCAGAUACUCCCAUCUUCCCGGUGACGAAACAGACCUUCGUUGAGCUGGAACGUACCCUCUCCUUCUCUAUGAAAUUGAUCUUAGCUAAGAUCAACUGGAUGUUCUUUGAGACUGAAGAGCAGCGAAAGACAAAUUUCGCAACGCUGCUGUCGUCAAUCUCGUCCACCCUGGAGCAGGUAACCAAGGAACAGGACCAGCAGGAGGAGCAGGACGAAGAUGAGGACACCCCUAAGGUUGUAAUGGUGAAUCUACACCACAGUCGGGAGCUCUGUCCAGGGGCUGUUUUCACAAAGCAGUCAAAUUCAUCACAAGACAAUUUUUCAGUAUUGCCAUGGUGAUUUCCAUUGUGACAUCACUCGUUAUUGUGCAACUUUGAUUGAUUUGCAGUUAAAAUCAAUCUUAGGUCUUUGUGAAAUUGACCCAAGGUCCACUUUUUUUUAAGAGCGCUGUUUCUGACUGCUUCAUUGUUUUUUGUUUUUUAAGUUUAUCCUUAAACCCUAGUCACACAUAAGGCAGAAUGUGCUGGAAAUGCCAUUGGAAUGAAAAUUUGUUGUAUGUUCCUGGAUGUUCGAAGUGCAUUCUGAACUUUCUGACUGCAUUCUGGGUGCAUUCCAAAUAGUCGAGCCCAUUCUUGUGGCCGGUCAGAAUAUUUUGCUCUUGCUAAAAACAUUCAAAGUCAUUUGAAGUGGAGCAACAAUUGAACGGCAUUCUAAGUGUUUAUUCUAACUGCACUCUGAUUGCAUUCUAAAUAUUCUUAUGGCAUUCCAACAGCAUUUGAGACAUUCUGAUCGCAUUCAAGGGAAAAUUAAAAUCAGCUGUUGGUCCAGGGGUCCAUAAUCAGUGGUGGUUGGGCUUAGACUGAUGAAAAUGCUAGAUUCGGCAGCAUUUCUUACCCUAAGGGGAACCUUCGCAGUACAUUCUUAAUGUUUGUGCUGCUAUCGGUUUGAACUUGUUGACGUUCAACCACAUUUAGUGGGCAUUCCAGAGGAGUUCUGACUGCAUUUGAGGUGUAUUCGAACAUCAUUCCUAAAAAGCUUGGUCAAUUUGAAAUUCCCUCGCGAAGAUGACAUGAGUUUUUAAAAUUCUUCAUUCCGGCUGGUUCUUUUUCAUUCCUGCUGAUUCUGAAAAAGGGUGACUGGGGCUUUAGAAUGAAUAUACCCUUUGAAAUACCAGAGGGCACUGUUUUCAAUACAGAUGAAUGAUCAACAACAAUUACUCUAUGGCCCUUCUUAAAACCAAACUUCGGCUAUGGAUUCGUCUUGAGGCUCCAUUCUCUCGUCUCAAGCCCUGAGCGCGAAUACACAAAGCACGUGCAAUUGUCAGAACCAGCAGGGCCAAGCUAGCCUGAGCCAAAGCCGAAGCCUGGUUUCGAAAAGGGCCUAUGUGUUCUAUAGCUUUAUCUACUCUAAGAUGAACACUUUGGGGUGCAUAAUGUAGGUUGUAUGAAUUC